ACCUGAAGUUCGUACAUUUGUUUUCUCGCGUUUCCUCGUGAGGUCGUUGAUGUCGUUGGUCGAGCAGCAUGGCGACUCGCUUGAGCAGCCGAUCGUCUGCCGUUGUGCAACAACUGCUACGGGGAUCUCCCUGUAGGAGCUGGCGUCGCCAUGCGCAGACCUAUCCCAAGAUCACUACACAUUACACUAUAAUUCCGCGGAAAACUGACCCAAGAUGGAAAGAUGUGGACAUGGAGCGGGUGCAAGAGGAAACCGACGUAGUCAUCGUCGGAGGCGGCCCGGCCGGAUUGUCGGCAGCAAUACGGCUACGACAACUAGCCACAUCACAAGGGAAGGAGCUGCGUGUUUGCCUGGUAGAAAAAGCUUCGCAAAUUGGUGGCCACACGCUAUCAGGGGCGUGCAUUGAGACGGGACCCCUCAACGAACUCAUCCCUGACUGGAAAGAGAAAGGGGCACCGCUCCAUACACCCGUCAAGGAAGAUCGCUUCUAUUUCCUGACGGAAAAAUCCAGAUUGAAGAUCCCCAUCUUCAAAGGGCUUCCCAUGUACAACCACGGCAACUACUUGGUUCGCCUGGGCAACGUCGUUUCCUGGCUCGGGACCCAGGCCGAAGAACUUGGCGUCGAAAUCUACCCAGGGUGUGCGGCGAGCGAAGUGUUGUUCCACGACGAUGGCAGCGUCAAGGGGAUCGCGACCAAUGACAUGGGCAUUGCCAAAGACGGGUCGCCGAAGGAGAGCUUUGAACGGGGGAUGGAGCUGCACGCCAAAUGCACCAUCUUUGCGGAAGGCUGCCACGGGCACCUGGCCAAGCAGCUGUACCAACGGUUCGACCUCCGCAAGAACUGUGCCCCUCAGACGUACGGGAUCGGCCUCAAAGAACUGUGGGAGGUGGACCCAGCCAAGCACUCGCCUGGUCUCGUGGAACACACUGUUGGAUGGCCACUGGACCGGACGACUUACGGCGGAGCAUUCUUGUACCACCUGGAUGAAGGGUCUCCUCUGGUAUCCCUGGGCUUUGUGGUUGGCUUGGACUACAAGAACCCCUACUUGAGUCCGUUCAGGGAAUUUCAACGCUGGAAGACCCAUCCGGCACUGCGCAGCACUCUGGAAGGUGGAACCCGUAUAGCCUACGGGGCACGGGCUCUAAACGAAGGAGGAUUUCAGAGCAUCCCGAAGCUGACUUUUCCCGGCGGCUGCCUCAUUGGCUGCAGUCCCGGAUUCAUGAACGUCCCCAAGAUCAAGGGCACCCACAAUGCCAUGCGUAGCGGCAUGUUGGCCGCAGAGUCUGUCCUGGAAGCGAUCGCGGGCGAUGCCGCCUCUUCCGCAAAAGGUCUGGAACCGACAUCGUACGAAGAGAAGAUUCGUAACAGUCACGUGUGGAAGGAGCUCAAGUCUGUGCGUAACAUCCGGCCCUCGUACCACACUCCCCUGGGCAUCUACGGUUCCAUCAUCUACACGGGACUCUUCUAUUUCGUGUGCCGAGGAAAGGAACCUUGGACCCUGUCCCAUGGAGGGGCCGACUACAAGAAACUCUCCCCCGCAAAAGAGUGUACCCCUAUAGAGUACCCAAAGCCUGACGGAGUGGUGAGCUUUGACUUGUUGUCGUCGGUGGCACUUACGGGGACCAACCACGAGGGAGAUCAGCCACCUCACCUCACGCUCAAAGACGACAAGGUUCCAGUUGACAGGAACCUCGCUGUAUACGAUGGACCAGAGCAGAGGUUCUGUCCAGCAGGUGUGUAUGAGUAUGUCCCCCUGGAGAGUGGAGAUGGCAUGAGAUUGCAGAUCAACGCGCAGAAUUGCAUUCACUGCAAGACCUGCGACAUCAAGGAUCCCAGUCAGAACAUCAACUGGGUUGCACCAGAGGGAGGCGGAGGCCCCGCCUACACGGGCAUGUAAAUAUCUGGGCCACAAAUAGAAGAAAAGGAGUAUUUUUGUAAAAACUACGCUUAGGGUGAAUUAAAUUGUAAAUCGAGUAAUGAAAGUUGUAAACGAGGAAGGUA